ACAUUCCAGCAAUUCUGGACAGCUUCUCAGGAAAUUCGUGUUAUUGAGCGUGAGAGCAAUUCUUCACCCUACUUGGCAAAGCGACGACGACAAGGCGCUCUGUCAAUCAUGUCUAGGUCUAGCCCACCCCCACCCCCACGUUUCCAAGAGUAUCCCGCGUCAAACAUGAUGACUACUGCAAACUUGCAACGACAGUGCUCUAUGCACUACAAAUUCAGCUACGAAGUUCGCCCACCUCCGCUGAUUCGACGAUACGAAAGAACUCGAUCGAUGACCUGCUCGUUCGAGGAAAUUGCUGAAUCCGAAGAAGAAGACACU